GGUGGCACAGCAAGGCCCCCCGAGUGCGGAAAGGCUCGGCAACGGUUCCAUGCAAUCCUACAAAUUGAUGUAAUCCUGUGCCAUCCUGCCCCCCUGAGUGCGGAAAGGCUCGGCAACGGUUCCAUGCAACCCUAUAAAUUGAGUGACUUGCAUGGUCGGCGGUGAGCAGUAGGAUCCAAAGGGCUGGGCCGUGCCAUAUCUAGCCAGGCUAAGCUGUCAGCGGGGCCUACCCCAAUGACCUCAAGAUUCGACGAGGUUGGUCUCUGUCUUCAGUGUCUUUAGUAUGGAUAGGGAGGAAUACCGAACACUCUCCAGUGUCGAUUUUGACGAUAGAAAGUUUGACCAUUUAACGCCCCCUAUCUUCCGGAGGUCUCCUAAACAUAUCUUUAUCUUUGCUCUUUUGAGUCUUUCCAAUCUUUUGUUCAUCAGUCUUUGGUUGAACGCAUCGCCGUCAGAAUGCAUCCGUCCACAACUCGUUUACUCACCAGCGAAGAGCGUAAUCCGUUACGAGAAGAAAAGACUUAUCAGAAACAUCGAGAACAAUGUUUAUACCGGUGCUCCACGACCAGAGCAUGAUCACGCUUGGCGUCGUUUGAUCGAACCAAUGACUAUUCGAAUCUCCCGGGACGAGCUUGCUAAAAUCAAUGAAACUUCCAUCGCGCUCAGAGAUGGCUCUGGUUAUAUCGCUGAGACGGCAGUAUAUCAUGAACUUCACUGCAUCAAACGUAUUCGACGGCAUCUCUACCUUGAUCAUUACUAUCCAAACAUGACGGAAGAUGAACGACUCCGAGAAGGACCUCACAUCGAUCACUGCUUGGAAUACUGGCGAGAGGCCGCAAUGUGCAGGGGCGACACAACUCUAAGUACUUUCCGAUGGGCCGACAACAAACCCUUUUCAACCGUCUAUAGUGACCACGAAUGCGUCAACUGGGAACUUCUAGAUACUUGGGCAAGGGGCAAAAUGGUAGACAUGUCGGACUGGUCCAUUAUCGUUCCCGCUAGCAGGAGAUGAUCAUAUGCAGUUACGCAUUACUACUACUACCACCAUCACUAGCAUCUUUGUCUAUUUAGAGAAUUCCACUAGACGAAUCGUUCCGCCACCGCUCCGCCCACCGCAUAACCUCGCCGUAGUCUCGACACUGCCGCUCCGAUCCCCACCCAUUCACGGUGUGAUGCUCCUGAUUCACCGUCUCGAGGUUCGUAUCCGCGGUGCACAUGAUCGAUUGGCGGAGGUAGUCGAAGCAAUGGCGGAUAUGCUCGAUGUUGGUACGCGCGGCGAUGCUGUCAAGGUAUGUGUCGUUCGUGUGGGAUCCGUUCAAGAGUUGCAGCCGAUGGGUA